ACUCUCAGAUUUAAGGGGGGAGGUCUGGAGCGCCUCGGACUCUCGUUGUCUCACAGCGUUUCUCUCUCCGAAAGGAAUGUGCUCAGUACUUUCUAGGAUUCACCGCAAAGCCUCCCUGUCUGUAGGAAUACAACACGGCUGCUUCUCUGCGUUAGAGCGAGUUGGGCAAGUCUGAGAUCACAGUUUGCGGAGGUGAGGACACUUUGGUUUGAUCGCGAGCGGAACGUUUUUGGGAUAAAGGGGCUGAAGCACUGGCUGCUCUCACGUAGCUGCUCCGGCUGAUCUCCUCAGGUCAGCACGGUGGGAUAAAGAAGCGUGUGAAGACAAGUCCCCAGUGUUUCUUUUUUUUAAAUUAACUGUAAGUUACUUUUCUUUUACGGUUUUUUACGGGUCUUUUCCCGCUCUGUCGAUUAUCUACUGGGUUUUGGACGCAGGGGGGACGCACAUUCUUUUCCUCUGCCGCUCAAGUUUGGUGAAAAUAUGCGCAAACUUGUUAGCUAAACGCUGAUAGCUGGGAAUACGAUUGUUCCGCACGUUUUAUAUCUGGAUAUACUGUUUUCUGGAAGUUUUCCUCCGUCCUGUUUGAGCCCAGCAGUCUGUUUCACAGCCCCCUGUCUGUGAGCCGAGCACUGCGGAUGACCCACUGCUGAUGCCCCAAAAUUCUGAAUGGAGUUCCAGUCGCAGAAAAGCCAAAAGUUGUAGCUACCUCAGCAGGAUGCUGAUGAGGCAAAGUUUACUUCUGUUUCUGGCUUUAUUUGCCCACGUUUUAAGGACGCAGGGUCGACCAGCCAAUACUGAUGAAGUCCUUGUGGAAACACAAGCAGAGCUGUUCACGCUCUACCUUGGUGAGCAUCUGGAUCUUAGUUGCUCUGCCAAGGAACAAAUCCAUGCUGUCAACUGGACCAAAGACCAUGUGGUUGUAGUCGAUGGAGAACACACACACAUCCGCAAUGGGCAGCUGGAGAUCAAGGCGGUGGAGCUGACGGACUCUGGUCUGUACGCAUGCACCACCUUUGGCAACCACAGCCUCUACUUCAACGUCACAGUUGAUAUGGCAUCAUCUGAGGAUGAUGAUGAAGAUGAGGAGUCUUCAUCAGAGGAGGCCAAACUGUUGGGCAGUCAGAAACUACUGCCAAUGGCUCCACAGUGGGCUCAUCCAGAAAAAAUGGAGAAAAAGCUUCACGCUGUCCCAGCCAGUAAGACAGUGAAGUUUCGGUGCCAGGCCAGCGGCAACCCUACUCCUACUUUGAAAUGGUACAAGAAUGGAAAAGAGUUCAAGAGAGACCAUCGCAUCGGAGGCUUCAAGGUGCGUGACCACGUCUGGACCAUCAUCAUGGAAUCUGUAGUUCCCUCUGACAAGGGAAACUAUACCUGUGUGGUGGAAAACCAGUAUGGCAGCAUCAAUCACACCUACCAGCUAGAUGUAGUCGAGCGGUCUCCCCACAGGCCGAUCCUGCAGGCUGGUCUACCAGCUAAUCGUACAGUAGCAGUGGGCAGUGACGUAGAGUUCGAGUGCAAGGUGUUCAGUGACCCUCAGCCUCACAUCCAGUGGCUGAAGCACAUCGAGGUGAACGGGAGCCGCGUUGGUCAUGAUGGUUUACCUUACGUCCGUGUCCUCAAGCAUUCUGGGGUCAAUAGUUCGGACGCUCAGGUGCUGACCCUCUACAAUGUGACUGAGGAGGAGAGCGGAGAGUAUAUAUGUAAAGUGUCCAAUUAUAUAGGAGAGGCCAAUCAGUCGGCCUGGCUGACUGUCACCAGAUAUGAGCCCACAGCUGUUACACACUACCCACCGGCCAGCCACACCUACCUGGAGGUGGUCAUCUACUGCGUGGGUUUCUUCUUCAUCGCCGUCAUGAUCGCCAUCGCAGUUAUCGUCAAGAUUCGCACCUCCUCGAAGAAGAGUGACUUCAACAGUCAGCUGGCUGUCCACAAGCUGGCCAAAAGCAUCCCUCUGCGCAGACAGGUAACAGUGUCUGUGGACUCCAGCUCCUCCAUCCACUCUGGAGUGAUGCUGGUUCGCCCCUCCCGCCUCUCUUCCAGUGGAUCUCCAAUGCUGUCAGGCGUGUCAGAGUAUGAACUGCCCCAAGAUCCCCGCUGGGAGCUGUCCCGGGGCAGACUUGUUCUCGGGAAGCCGCUUGGUGAAGGCUGUUUCGGUCAGGUGGUGAUGGGGGAGGUGCUGGGUCUCGACAAAGAGAAACCAAACCGGGUGUCCAAGGUUGCAGUGAAAAUGUUGAAAUCUGAUGCCACAGAGAAAGACCUGUCAGACCUGAUAUCAGAGAUGGAGAUGAUGAAGAUUAUUGGGAAGCACAAGAACAUCAUUAAUCUGCUGGGAGCCUGUACACAGGACGGUCCUCUGUAUGUGAUAGUAGAGUACGCAUCCAAGGGAAACUUGAGGGAGUACUUGAGAGAACGGCGCCCCCCAGGCAUGGAGUACUGUUACAACCCAGACCAGGUUCCUGUGGAGAACAUGUCCAUUAAAGACCUGGUGUCCUGUGCUUACCAAGUGGCUCGAGGCAUGGAGUAUUUGGCCUCUAAGAAGUGCAUCCACAGAGAUCUUGCCGCUCGCAAUGUUUUGGUAACAGAGGACAAUGUGAUGAAAAUAGCUGACUUCGGCCUGGCUAGAGAUAUCCACCACAUUGAUUACUAUAAGAAGACCACCAAUGGUCGUCUACCAGUCAAGUGGAUGGCUCCCGAGGCUCUGUUCGACCGGAUAUACACACACCAAAGUGAUGUCUGGUCAUUUGGGGUGCUGCUUUGGGAGAUCUUCACCCUGGGAGGCUCCCCAUAUCCCGGCGUCCCAGUGGAAGAGCUGUUCAAGCUGCUGAAGGAAGGUCACCGUAUGGACAAGCCCUCAACGUGCACACACGAGCUGUACAUGAUGAUGAGGGACUGCUGGCACGCUGUGCCCUCUCAGAGACCCACAUUCAAACAGCUGGUAGAGGAUCUAGAUCGCUGUUUGGCCAUGACAUCCAAUCAGGAGUAUUUGGAGCUCUCAGUGCCUCUGGACCAAUACUCCCCCAGCUACCCCGACACCCGCAGCUCCACCUGCUCCUCCGGCGAGGACUCAGUCUUCUCCCACGAAGCUGGAGCAGAGGAGCCGUGCCUGCCAAAGUUCCCUCCCCACUCCAACGGGGCAGCCAUUAAGAAACGCUGAUACCUCAUCUCUCCAUUCAAACAUUGACAUUUUCCUCGCUCCUGCCUUGUGUGGUAGGACUCUUCCCCAUAUUCCCAGAGAUGAAGCUAAAAAAAACACUGGUGCUCUGUGAGAAAGGAGCUCAGAGACACCUUGCAGAACUUGUUGGAUCACACGGACUGAAGUGUGCAGCAGUUUUCCCAGUUCUCAGCGGUGACAGUGUUUAUGGGGCACUCUGUAUUAACGGGGAGUGGCAGCUUGUUGGUGUCAGAAAAAAGGAGCCGACACCCACUUAUUACUCCAAUUGGACCCUUCUGCGGAUCAGAAGAAUGGAAAGGACCAACUGUGAUCACAUCACAUUUUCGUUUGUUUUUUCCCCCCUCUAUGUUCAGUAGUGAAGGACUAUUCUGCUUUUCAGACCAAAUCCAGAGAAAACACUACCAAGGGACAUAAAGCACCAUGAUUCAUUGCAUCAUUCACUCUAUUCUUGUAAAUACAGUUAGAAAAUUAUAAAUAUGAAUAUAUAUUUACACUGUACUCUUAUUUUUAAUACCAU